AUGAGCCGAGGUGCGCAGAUCCAGUUGACCGAGCAGGAAGAAGCCAUCUGCCAGCUUCUCGACCAGACAUGCUCAUACAUCUAUCGCGAACGACCCAACAUCCCGGAAAUCGACUCGACCCAAACAAGCGGCGAUGGAUCGCAAGCCUGUGAAGCCCGCAUUGCUGGAGGAUGGGUGCGCGACAAGCUUCUCGCGCGCGACUCUGACGACCUCGAUAUUUCGCUGUCCACUUUAACCGGCAACGCAUUUGCCCUCUACCUCAAGCACUACCUCUCAUCGUCCGCGUUUGCAUCAUCUCCUCUCUCUCGCUCGCCAUUUUUCAGUGAAGAGGGCUCAGAGAUGGGCCGCAUCGGCAAGAUUGCUGCCAAUCCAGAGCAAAGCAAGAACCUGGAGACAGCGACAGCACGGGUGCUUGGUCUGUCGCUCGACUUUGUCAACCUACGUAAGGAGACAUACGAUCCAGGGUCGAGGAUACCGACCAUGACCUUCGGAACACCAAAGGAGGAUGCAGAGCGUCGUGAUAUCACCAUCAAUUCGCUGCUGUACAACGUACAUACCAGGCAGGUGGAGGAUCAUACUGGUCUGGGACUUCAGGAUUUGGCCAGUGGAUUGAUACGGACGCCGCUCCCACCGCUCACUACUUUCCUCGACGAUCCGCUUAGAGUGCUUCGCUGCGUACGCUUCGCUAGUCGCUUUACAUACGAAUUGCAUCCUACCAUCAUCCGCUGUCUCACAGGUGCAAAGGUAGCAGACGGCACGGAUAACGACGCAGACUCAAGCCUUGCUCAACUUGCGAGUAGCGACGAUCCAAGGAUCUCCGUCCAAGGAAAAGCGGGUGUAGAAUUCGGCAGAGAUCAAAUUCGAGAUGCACUGGUUAGCAAGGUAUCAAGGGAGCGGUUUGGUAUCGAGGUCGAUAAGAUGAUAAAAGGUCCACAGCCUCUGCUUGCAUUGCUCCUUCUUCAUCGAUUGGAGCUCUUCCCACUUGUGUUUCAUCCGCCGCCGUCCGCGGGUAAUUUGUACGAGGCUAGUGCAUCGGCCCCGGCGAGCAAGCUCGGGCAGCCUGCAUCAGAUUCGUUAGCCCUCAACGCCGCUCGACUACUGGAUGCCAUCCUAGCCGGCAAACCGCUCCAAGAUGCUUCCACAGUCAACCAAGCGGUUCCCUUGGACAAUCUUCGUAUCGCAGACGGACGCAACGAUGAAAAUAAGUCGGACCUCGCUCGCACCUUCUCAUCGAUUCCACCAUCACCCGUACCCCGAGCAGUGUUUGAAGCGCUUCCAUCCGAUCUUCUCUCCCGUUGGACUACUGCGUCCUUAUGUUCAGAAGAACGCAGACGACUCUGGAUUUCGGUCGCUUUGCUUCCACUGCGACACCUGAUGUACGAAGAAAAGAAGAACAAAUUUUUCUGGGCUGGCGAAAGCGUCAUUGCCAACGGGCUCAAAUUGGGUACUAAGACGUUGAAGGAGCCAGUGACGUCUCUGCACCGGUGCAUGGAGCUGCUACCCCUGGGUCGCAGAGUGCUCUCCUCUGAGCGGGCCUGUUCGAAUGCCGACUCGGAAGCGCUCGAUAAGAUGCUCCAUCUACCUCGCGGACUAAGUGUCAAAUCUCGACUCGGGCUAUUGCUUCGUAACCAAUACGUGACCAAUCCAUUACUGCAACUGCGACCAGAACCUGCGCUGCUGCUAUCGUUUAUCUCGGAGCUGCUCGACGUUUGGCAGUGCCACACAGACCACGACACAACCACGCUCGCUCCACUUGAGCAACAAACGACGCAGCUGGCAUCCGAUUACGCACAGUUCUGGUACCUCAUUCAAAUGUGGAAUUUGGUCGAGCGCGCGGCGGAGAAACCUGUGUUGGACGGUAACGCGAUAACCGCGUGUCUGGAGUGUCAUCCAAGACUCAUCUCUCAGAUCCAGAUGUAUGUGCUUGGCUGGCAGUAUGACCGCGACCACUUGGGCCCAGGGUCGGAAGAGGAGUGCAAGGCUUGGUUGAAAGGCGAAUGGGAAAAGGGGGGCAUUGUACCCUUCGAUCAGCGGCCGGCGCCUCCGCCGGCGAAAGGAGACAAGGCCAAGAAGAAGUCAGCGAUCGUGGCUCAAAUGCGCGCCGAUGAGCCCGAUCGUAGCAAGCGUCAGAAGAGCGAGUAA